UACCCGGCGCAGGCCCCACGUUGAGUCAGGCAGGGACAACGGCGACGACUCCGCCACGCCACGGAAACUGGGACGGCCCUUGCAGGCUCCGGUCUCCGCCCCUCCACCCCUCCCUGGCCACGUGGUGGGCGUACCUGGGCGGUUUUGAGAUUGCGACCUCGGUGGACCCUGAGUCCUGGCCACAGUUCCGAGAGGUCCCUGAGAGAGGAGAGUGCAGGACGGAAACCUGGAGAGAGCAAGUGGGCACAAACUUACUUCCUUGGCACUCUCCUGGGGAUUAAAUGAGGAAAUGUUUAGAAAGUAACUAGCACAGCCCAGAGUGGGAGAGUCAAACCAAGGUGUUCCUCUCGCCGUGGGAGCAGCGUUGGAAAGCACGCGGCGCCAUGACCACCAAGGGCCCUGAGUCUGAGCACCCCUCGGUGACGCUUUUCCGCCAGUACCUGCGCAUCCGAACUGUGCAGCCCAAUCCUGACUACGGGGCUGCCAUUGCCUUCCUUGAGGAGAGAGCCCACCAGCUGGGCCUGAGCUGUCAGAAAGUAGAGGUGGCACCUGGCUUUGUGAUCACUGUUCUGACCUGGCUGGGCACCAACCCUACACUGCCCUCCAUCUUGCUAAACUCCCAUACAGAUGUGGUACCUGUCUUUAAGGAACAUUGGCAUCAUGACCCCUUUGAAGCCUUCAAGGAUUCCGAGGGCUACAUCUAUGCCAGGGGCGCCCAGGACAUGAAGUGUGUAAGCAUCCAGUACCUGGAGGCUGUGAGGAGACUGAAGAGUGAGGGCCACCGCUUCCCUAGAACCAUCCACUUGACCUUUGUGCCUGACGAGGAGGUCGGAGGUCACAAAGGGAUGGAACUGUUUGUGAAGCGGCCUGAGUUCCAGGCUCUGCGGGCAGGCUUUGCCCUGGAUGAGGGCUUGGCCAACCCCACUGAUGCCUUCACUGUCUUUUAUAGUGAACGGAGCCCUUGGUGGAUCCGGGUUACCAGCACAGGGAAGCCAGGCCACGCCUCACGAUUCAUUGAGGAUACAGCUGCAGAGAAGUUGCAUAAGGUUAUAAGCUCCAUCUUGGCAUUCCGGGAGAAGGAAAAGCAGAGGCUGCAGGCGAACCCUCACCUGAAGGAAGGGGCUGUGACUUCUGUGAAUCUGACUAAGCUAGAAGGUGGUGUGGCCUAUAACGUGGUACCUGCUGCCAUGAGUGCCAGCUUUGACUUCCGAGUGGCACCAGAUGUUGACAUGAAGGCCUUCGAGAAGCAGCUGGAGACCUGGUGCCGGGAGGCGGGUGAGGGGGUCACCUUUGAGUUUGCUCAGAAAUUCACAGAGCCCCGAAUGACACGUCCUGAUGAUUCAAAUCCCUGGUGGGCAGCUUUCAGCGGGGCCUGCAAGGAAAUGAACCUUACGCUGGAGCCACAGAUCUUCCCUGCGGCCACUGACAGCCGUUAUGUCCGAGCGGUGGGGAUCCCAGCUCUGGGCUUCUCGCCCAUGAACCACACCCCUGUGCUGCUACAUGACCAUAACGAACGACUGCACGAGGCCGUGUUUCUACGUGGGGUUGACAUUUACACACGCCUACUCUCUGCACUUGCUAGUGUGCCUGCCAUGCCCGGUGAAAGCUAACCCCCCUGCCUUCCAACCCUUGCGACUUUCAGCCCAAGCACUGCCAAGGAUCGGUUACCCCUGCCCAGCAAUAAAGCCAGUGUUGGAUGGGACUUUCUUUAUACUGUG